CGUCUCCAGUCUCUAAAUUCAUCAGUUUAUUUUUGUUAACAGUCAUCGAAUAAUCUCAUAAAAUAAUCAAAAAUCCAUAAAAUGGACGCCAAGUUGAUCGUCUUCACCGUUUGCAUGGCUUCCGCCCUCGCCCAAUACUCUGCCCCAGCCUAUAGAUCAGUGUACUCGGCGCCCAUUUAUUCGGUACAAAGAGCCUACGCCCCAGAGCCUACAUACGCACCAGCCCCAUACAAAUUCGAGUACAGCGUCAACGACCCAUCUACAUACGACGUGAAGAGCCAAUCUGAAUACGCCGACGGCAACGGCAACAUCAAGGGAUCCUACAGCCUCUUGGAAGCUGAUGGUUCCACCCGCGUCGUUGAAUACACCGCCGAUGACCAAAGCGGUUUCAACGCCAUCGUCAAGAAGAUCGAAGGAGGAUACAAGACCCCGUACAACGCCCCUGCCUACAAACCCGUCUACCCAGCACCGGCUUACAAACCAGUUCCAUACAAGGCAUACUAACAUUUUUUUCAUUUUUGAGUCAUAACACUAAAUGUUCAUGCAGGUAGUCAUGACAUUUUAAUUUCAUGUUCAUCAACCAAAUAUUUCAUCAGUGUAUUUAUUUUGUAAAUAAAUAGCAAAUAAAAAUCAAAAUGAGAUAA